AUCGCUUCCUUCGCUUCCAUUUGACGCUUGUACGGACUACAUAGCUGUCACCUCGACGCCUCAACCCGCGCUUCUACGACACCCAACUUCCUCCGCAUAUCAACAUGGCAUUCGACGACACAGCCGACACUGACGAAGUGCAUUCCGCCCUGUCCCUCAUCGAAAGUGCGGGACUGCCACAUCCUCUGGACUCGCUGCUGUCAUGCUUUGUCAAAGACGCUGUGGACCCUCUCGUGGCAGCACGCUACGUGCAUCGCGGCACCGCAGCCGAUGGUGCCCCGGCCCUCGUAGCAGACUGGACAUACAUCAUCGAGUCCAUCACACAGGAAGCUGCCACUCCCCCACCACCAGAUGCCGCUGCUCAGCAGAGCAUAUUCAAGCGCGACGCCAACAGGUGUUGCGUGACUGGGAAAGCCGCCCGUCUCUGGGAUCCUCUGGUUGUGGCCCCCAUCCUUCCCGUGCCUUCUGGCUGGAGCACAGACAAGCCGCGCAUCUUUGACAUGCUGGGCGCUUUCUUUGGCCCUCCCUAUCGUGACUGGUGGCUUUCCUACGCCCAGAAUCCCGAGUUCACAUCGCCUUACUCCAAUCACUGGCUGGUCCGGAGGUCGGCACACCGUGCUUGGUCGCGUGGCCUUGUUUGCCUGAAGAGACUACAGUCAUCAAUGGUGGAGUUCCAAGUUGAACAUCCCCUUGUCAGGCCAGAAGAACCCCUCGAGAUCGAGGGUUCCUAUCCGCUCUUGGGCGACCACUCACGGUCGGGAAUCGAGAAGGUAGACCCUCGCUUUGUCAGCACUCACGCCAGGCUCGCCCGGAGCAUCAGGUUUGUCGAGAUAGCCAAGUCACUGGGGGUCCGACCAUCUGAGCCAUCAUCCAAACCGCGGCCACGUCGUCCAGCACCAGAACCAGAAACCAACCGCAAGACCAAAUCCCUCUCUCCCCUGAACCUCGCAACCAGCGUCUUGCUCUCCACCUGGCUCAUGUUUCCCUCCCGCCUCCGCGUAGCCGUCUACGACCUCCUCCGCAAGGUCGGCGCGCUCCUCUACGCCCAGCCCGACCACGCCACCGUCCACCGGCUGCCCUUCGGCCUCUACCUCAAACGCCAAACCGACCCGGCCGGCUCCCGCAACAAAUUCGCCGCCCUCCAGCUCCUCCGCCGGCACACCACCGUCCCCGUCCCCAGACCCCUCGACGUCGCCCACAAGCCCGCCAGCCGCGCCGACCCCUUCUCCGUCGCGGAGACCUACCUCAUGACCACCCGCGUCCCGGGCGUCCCGCUCUACCGCUGCCAGCACGUGCUCUCGGACGCCGACCUGGCGGACCUCGCGCGCCAGCUGGCCGCGCACCUCGCCCAGCUGCGCGCCGUGCCCCGGCCCAUUCGCAGGAUCAAGCCGUUUCCGGACGCGGUCAUCUGCAACACGCUGGGCGAGGCCGUCCGGGACCCGCGCAUCCGCGGCGGCGAGCCGGUCGGCCCCUUCGCGGACGAGGCCGCCUUCAGCCGGGAGCUGAUGUUCCCGGAGGAUCCGGCACGGCGGGGCCACCGCGUGGUGUUUACGCACGCGGAUCUGAAUCCGCGGAAUAUCCUCGUCGAGAGGAGGAGUGCUGGUGGGCAUGGGCAGGGGGGAUGGGUGGUGAGCGGGAUUGUGGACUGGGAGAAUUCCGGGUUUUACCCCGACUAUUGGGACUGUACCAAGGCUUUUUUCGAGGGGUUUCGUUGGUCGAGGAGGUAUAAUGACAUGGUGAGGGCGGUGUUUGCGGCGUUGGGGGACUACGAGAAGGAGUUGGAGGUAGAGAGGAGGAGUUGGGAGCUGGGGGAUGGGAUUUGAUUCAUGGCUGCUGAUCACCUGUUAGAUGAUGAGUUGGUUGCCACCCAGGAAAGACUGGCCGCUCUGCAGAUCGAAAACAAGGAUCUCCGUGCAGAACGCAAUCGCAUGGUCUCCGAGCAUGAUCGGAUCCUCUCUGAGCAGUCGGCCUCUCUGGAGCAGACAACUAGAGAGCUGAGGACCGCAAAACAGGAGCUCUCUCGCGCCCUUGCCGAGCAGCUGAAGCUCAGCAAG